AUGAUCUCCUUCUCUUUUCUUCUUCUUCUCCCUUUCAUUAUCGUCAUCUCAUCAGCACUCGACUUGGAGACGCCAAAUGAAAUGUCGAUGAUGCCAUCGGGGGAUUUUAUCGAUUUGAUGAGUCGAGACGCCGAGAAUGUGCCUGGACCAAUCGCUUUCGGAGCCAAAUACAUGACUGGUGGAGCCGGCGAGGGUCAGCAACAAUUGAAGAACGGCGAAGACUUCAAAGAGAGACAAGAUGUCAAAUCCGACAACGUUCUCCCCGCCUAUUGUGAGCCUCCAAAUCCGUGCCCUGUCGGAUUCACCUCGUCUGAUGGAUGCUUGGAAGAGUUCGAGAAUUCGGCCGAGUUCUCCCGAGAAUACCAAGCUCAACAACAGUGUCUCUGUGAUCAAGAACACAUGUUCAAUUGUGCCACCAAAUCCGCCGACGAGGCCCAAGAGGCUCUUCAAGACAUUUUGGACAACUCAGGACUCCACAAAACAAUGAUGGCAAAGAAAUAUCACGAGAGCAUCAACGAGGAGCCCCGUCGUCGCAAACGAUCAGUGCCCGCUCACAAGAUCAACCCAUAUCUUCAGGGCGAGCCAUUGCGAAGCGUGCAGAAGAAAGAUGGCAAACGAAUGCAC